ACUCGAAGCUAUUCCAAAAUAUAUUCAACAGAUCCUUCUCUCUUUGAUCUCUCAUCGAACAUCUCCUUUUCUAGUACAACAAGAGCAACAUGGCGGAUACAGCAAGAACCCAUCACGACAUCGUCGGCCGAGACCAGUACCCGAUAGUGGGCCGAGGCCGAGACCAGUACGACCCGUACGGCUACCAGGUCUCCAACCGAGACUACUCCAAGUCUAGGCAGAUUGCUAAAGCUGCUACUGCAGUCACCGCUGGUGGGUCCCUCCUUGUCCUCUCCAGCCUUACCCUCGUUGGAACCGUCAUUGCUUUGACGGUUGCCACUCCUUUGCUCGUCAUCUUCAGCCCAAUCCUCGUUCCAGCUCUCAUCACCGUCGCACUGCUUAUCACCGGCUUCCUUUCCUCCGGUGGAUUUGGCAUUGCCGCUAUUACCGUUUUCUCUUGGAUCUACAAGUACGCAACGGGAGAGCACCCACAGGGUUCAGACAGGCUGGACAGUGCAAGGAUGAAGUUGGGAAGCAAAGCUCAGGAUCUGAAAGACAGAGCUCAGUACUACGGACAGCAACAUACUGGUGGAGAACAUGACCGUGACCGCACCGGCCGUACCACCCAGCACACAACUACUUAAAUUACGCAACGACCAUCACAGUCCAAUAACUCCGAUGUCGGGGAGUCGAGUUCAUGAAAAAUAAAGUGUCUAGAAUUUGAUCAGUGGGGGGAUAAUAAAAGCCGAUAUCGAGUUUCUUUCUUUUUUUGUUUGUUAUAUGAAUAAUGUAUUCAAGUGGUGUUUCUAUUGUCAAAUGGUACCAUGUUUCUUUUUUAAUCUUAUAAUUUGUAAACGUUAUGUUGUACUUUCUUUCGUUUGUAAGACGUCUAUAUAUGGAAAGUUUUCGUUUCGUGAAACAAAUGUUUGAUCUGUCUCGUUUUAUCUUUUACUUUCUUUCUGAUAAAGAUUUAAAUGUUAUUGAUUUUGAUCUGCAAGUCUU